AUGUCAUCAGUGCAAUUAAACAACAUUAAAGAGAAUCAAAUUAUCAAGAAUCUGAAAAUUUACUGGAAACCAACAUGGAUUUCUUAUGAAUCUUUACUAAGACAAAGUAAUAAAUUUGAUGCUGGAAAAUCAUCUAAAGUUACUGGAAAUCAUAAAAAUGAUAUUGACUGGAUUGAGCCAUAUUGGAAAUACAUGAUUGUUGAUUUGUUUCCAGAAAAUAAAUAUCUAUCAGAAGAAGCAUUUUGUGAAACUGGAGGACAAGUAUUAGCUCAAAGACAACCAGAAUGCAUGCAACUAAUGAUAAAAAUCUGGUCAAUGCGAUGCAUUUUUCAUUCUGCUAUUAGUUCAACAAAAAAAUGUGAAAAUAUAGGGGUGAUCGAGUUAAGAAAACCAAAACUGUUCUAUUUAAUUUUUCCAAACAAAUUUCCUAAAUUCAAUUCAAAGACUGAUCCUAUUAUCAUAAGUGAAUUCAAGAAGUCAGAUAAUGCAAAAUGGUGUCUACAUCAUCUGAAUUCUAGGAUAUCUGCUGCAAAACCAACAAAAUACAUUGUUUAUGUUACAGCAUCAUUUACAAAAGAUCAAUUGGCAACAGAUAAUGAUCAGUAUUUCAAUUGUUGUAUGCCAUUUUAUGCUUGA